GCAGAAGCGUUUAGCAUGGAGUAACAUUGUUCCUUUGUAGCAGUGGAGGGGAAGUGGAGCAAUCUGAUUCUUGUGAACUCGGCUCCUCCCAUCGUUGCGGCUGCGCAGUUAAAAUUUUCACUCUUUCAAUUUUUCACUCCUACUCUGGCUUCCGGACGCCAAGAGAAGACCGCUGCCGCCGAAUUUAAAGAGACAGGAGAUAGUUACUUUAAAUACGAUAAACGGCAACCAUUGUUCCCGAGCUUAUUUUACGACGCUUCUUGCCUCUGCUGGUUUAAUUCGAUGGCGGCGUUUAAUCAAAGUCGCGGCGAGUAGCAGCCCGUCUGUCAUCACCCUCCACUCUCUGCUGGCUUUUCCGUCCUUUUCUGCCUCUGUGCUUGAGACUGCUCAGCUAGGCAAAGUAGGGUUUGCUCGCUGGCAGGCUGGCUCCCCGACCGAGAGAACGUUUUGUCGGCUAGCCAGCAACUGGAGGUAACCCCGAAGCUUCCCUCUCAAGUUGUGGUAGCGGCUCUCCAGCCUCCCGUCGCCGGGAUAAUGGCGAAGAUUCAGACGCACAGCACGGCGAAGCAAAUAAACCAAAUCCAAGACAAGCCUUACGUUAUAUCGCAAAAACAAGUGCAGCAGCAGCACUUCCAGAAGCUGAAGGUUGAAGAUGCCUUGUCAUAUCUGGACCAAGUCAAAAUUCGUUUUGCGAAUGACCCAGGCAUAUACAACAAGUUUCUCGACAUCAUGAAAGAGUUCAAGUCACAGAGCAUCGACACACCAGGUGUGAUAAACAGAGUGUCACAACUGUUUCAUGGUCACCCGGACCUUGUCUUGGGCUUCAAUGCUUUCCUCCCACCGGGAUAUCGGAUAGAAGUCCCAAAAAAUGGGGUAGCCUUCCUCCAGUCCCCAUUUUCCACACAGGUGUCCCCAGGCCAGCAGGGGAAAAGUCAGACCUCUCCUGCAGUGGCCACGUCCUCAGGUAGUGCCUCUGCCACCCACAGUGAUCCUGGAUCUGCACAGGCCUGUGAGGUCAAGGGAUCUUCAUCAGAGUCUAUAUCCUCCUCAACUUCAGCAGGCCCUCCAGAGCCCCCCAGCAGGCUUUCACUUCCUCUGACAAGCAGAGACAGCCAGAAUCAGGCCACCACCUCCUCUGUAUCUCCACCUGCCUCUGAGACGAGCCCUGUGGAAUUUGAUAGUGCCAUCAGCUAUGUAAACAAAAUCAAGAACCGUUUCCUGGACCAUCCAGAGAUCUAUAGAGCCUUCUUAGAAAUUCUUCACACCUAUCAGAAAGAGCAGUUGGAGGUGAAGGAGAGUCGGGGCAGCCGGGGCAGCAUCGGAAUGACUGAAGAUGAGGUGUUUUCUAAAGUUGCCAGUCUCUUCAAGGGACAAGAAGACCUUCUUGCUGAGUUUGGACAAUUCUUACCUGACGCGAAGAGAUCACUGUUCACAGGGAGCUCACUAACAGGAGGCAAAGAACAGUUGAAAAGGCCAGAGGACGACGACACAAUAACCAAACAGAACAAAAAGAGGCCAAGGCCUGUACUCCUGCAGCACAUGUCUCCACUGCUCAAGAAAAAGAUGAAGUAUUCCUGUACCAAAGACCAGUCAUUUGCCUCAGUUGGUAAACAUGGAGUCUUGAGAGAGUUUUCCUUCUUUGAUAAGGUUCGUCGCCUAUUCAAAAGCCAGGAAGUGUAUGAAAACUUCCUUCGCUGCAUCGCCUUGUUCAAUCAGGAGGUAGUUUCAGGAGCAGAAUUGCUACAACUCGUUACUCCUUUCCUGGGGAAAUUUCCCGAACUGUACACGCAGUUCAAGUCAUUUCUGGGGGACAAAGAGCUCUCUCAUGCUGUGUCAGGGCUGUCUGAUCGUUACAUGGAGGGGGGAGGAGGCCGAGAGGUGGAUUAUGCCUCUUGCAAGCGCCUGGGGUCCAGCUAUAGAGCAUUGCCCAAGACCUACCAGCAGCCUAAAUGCAGUGGGCGAACUGCCCUAUGCAAGGAGGUAUUGAAUGACACCUGGGUGUCAUUUCCGUCUUGGUCAGAAGACUCCACCUUUGUGAGCUCAAAGAAGACUCCGUAUGAGGAACAGCUGCAUCGAUGUGAGGAUGAAAGAUUCGAGUUGGAUGUGGUUCUGGAGACAAACCUGGCCACCAUCAGGGUACUGGAGAGUGUCCAGAAGAAGCUGUCACGAUUGUCACCAGAGGAUCAGGAUCGAUUCAGAUUGGACGACUGUUUGGGCGGGACCUCCGAGGUCAUUCAGCGUCGGGCCGUGUAUCGUAUAUAUGGUGACAAAGCCCCUGAGAUCAUUGAGGGACUGAAAAGAAGUCCUGCUACUGCUGUGCCUUUGGUGCUGAAGAGGUUGAAAGCAAAGGAAGAGGAGUGGAGAGAGGCCCAGCAGGGUUUCAAUAAGAUUUGGAGGGAGCAAUAUGAAAAGGCCUACCUGAAGUCCCUCGACCACCAAGGAGUCAACUUCAAACAGAAUGACAUGAAGGCUUUGCGCUCAAAAAGUCUUCUCAAUGAGAUUGAAAGUGUCUAUGAUGAGCGUCAAGAGCAAAGCACAGAGGAGGGUGGGGUUGGCCAACAAGGCCGUAAUGGCUCCGGUUCUGCCUUAUCCAGCGAGCCACACAUGGUGUUUACAUAUGAGGAUAAGCAGAUCCUUGAGGAUGCUGCGUCUCUGAUAAUCUACCACGUCAAACGUCAGCCCACUAUCCACAAAGAUGAUAAAGACCACAUCAAGCGCAUCAUCCAGCACUUUGUCCCUGACCUCUUCUUCUCCCGCCGUGGUGAGCUCAGCGAUACAGAAGAAUGGACAGAUGAGGAGGCUGAGCAAGAGGAGGGAGGAGAGAGGGGAGCAGGUGGAGCAGCAGCGGGUGGAGGAGGAAUUGGUUGUUCUAAUAACUCAACGGGACCGGCAGCAAGUAGUCAGGCCCAGUCUCAAACUGCCCAGACCCAGACGCAGUCCCAACCGCAGCAGCACCUCAACGGCGAGUCCAGGAGGAGGCGCUGCAGCCCACCUCAACCCACAGACACAGAGGCCUCCACAACCUCCAGUAGCAUGAGCCAGCCUGCAGGAACCACUGCUUCAACUCCUGGAUCCACACCCAUGGAGACGGGGUCAACUGCAGUGGGAGAGAAAGUGGAUCUGCGAGACCCCGAAGCAGAGCACCAGAAAGAGCUGGAUGGCGUCUACAACCUGUACUUUGUUAACAACAACUGGUACUUCUUCUUGCGACUCCACCAAACUCUCUGCUCACGGCUGCUGCGAGUUUACCGACAAGCCGAAAGGCAGCUGCUGGAGCACCGAGCUGAGCAGAGCAGAGAGAGGCUGCUGAUGACGGAGGGGAGGAGGGAAAAGGCUUGCGACCUCGCCAUGGAGCUACGCCUCAAACAGCCCAGUGAAGUCGAGUUAGAAGAAUAUUAUCCCGCCUUCCUUGAUAUGGUGCGCAGUCUCCUGGAUGGAAACCUGGACUCCACACAGUACGAAGACACGCUGAGAGAGAUGUUCACCAUCCAUGCUUACAUCGGCUUCACCAUCGACAAGGUCAUCCACAAUAUUGUUCGGCAGCUGCAGCACCUGGUGAGCGAUGAGGUGUGUCUACAGGUGGUUGACGUUUACCUGGCUGAGCGGAAGCGGGGUGCAGCUGGGGGAAAUCUUUCUUCUCAGUGUGUGAGAGCAGCCUGGGAGACCAGCUACCAGUGGAAAGCCGAGAGAGUCAUGGCUGAAGAAAACUGCUUCAAGGUCAUGUUUAUCCAAAACAAAGGUCAUGUGACGAUGACAAUCGAACUGUUGGACACUGAAGAGGCUCAGGCUGACGAUCCACUUGAUGUGCAGUGCCUGUCGAGCUACAUGGAGCACUUUGUAGGAACAGAGUCCAGCCUGUGUUCUCAAGCAGACGGCUACUUCUUCAAACCUGUGUUCCUACCAAGAAACUUGCGCCGUUUCCGCCGCUGGCAGGUGCGACAGGUGGAGGCAAUGCGUUGCAGGAGAGAGUGGCACCGUCAGCUUGGAGUGGAAAGCGCUGGAAGUCUGGAUUGUCGAUUCAAACUGAACACUCACAAGAUGGUCUUUGUCAUGAACUCUGAAGACUAUAUGUACCGCCGUGGGGCGCUGGUCAAGGCCCGGAAGUCGCAGCACAGAGUGGCAGCAAGCCAGCAUGAACGCUUUGACAAGUGGCACCAUGAGUGGCUGGCCAGUCAUGUUACAGCUUCAGCUGAACGCUCCGUGCAGAACUGGCUAAUGGGCGAGGAAGAGGAGGACAUCAUACCCUGCAAGACUACCUGUCUGUCGACUGAGGUGAAAGGGCAGACGGUCAACAGAUACCAAGUUCAUUACAGUAGCAGCAAAGCCCCUUCCUCACCAUAGAGGCUCACAUAAGAAUGGACAAACACACACGUACACAUGUAAAUGCAUGGACUAAAAGGACAUCUGCACACUAAACAUAAACAGCUGCAGCCCUUUUUUCGCCUCCUUCAUCCACAACGCGUUCAUUUACUCACUCACGACGAAGAAAGAGGCCGAAACGGAGUGAGUCAGUGAAUGAGUGCGCCGUGUGAAGAUGAAGUGGAAAUAAGGACCAACAGACAGUGACGUAAUCAACCAGAGUGAAGUGAGUUUGGACACAAUGGCACAAACGAAGUUAAUCAUCCUCAUCAUUUAAGCUUCUCUGGUAAAGUUGGUGACACUGACGGACAGAGAUGGUUGUUCAGGUGAAAAGUUGAGAGAUCAUAAAUUUCAGAAAUGUGAAUGUCUGUUUUUUUUUUUUUUUCUUUCUUUCUUUUUUCCGUCAAGUGUAGUUCUUAUCUUCGAAAGCCAGGGAGCCUUCUGCUUGUUGGUUGGUUGAUUUGUGUGUUUAUAUGAAGAGAUGAUGGUUAUUAUGUGUAUGUUUGUGUAUCCUGCUCUCUUCAUUUUGUCUGUCUGUAGGGCAACUACAGAACUAUAGUAACUGCAUUAUUACUGUAUGUGCAUAUAUACAACAGGAAUCCUGCACUUUUAUAUAUGCAUUUACAGGCGUUGAUUGAUACAUCUAAAGAUCAAGUGGUUCUUUACAGUGUUUGCGGUCAGCCAUCUCUAGAUGUUUGUAUUUUCUUUUCUGUUUUUUCUUUUUGUAUUUUUUUCCCUUUUUUGUGUUGUAGCUAAACAAUUUAUUACAGGGCAACAAGAAGUCCUUAAAAUUAUUUGGUUUGAUAUUGAUGAAGCAGUCAAAUUAUGUAUGAUAUUCAUGAUUUCACCAAAUGUUUACUUUGCAUUCUCUUUUUUUGCAUACUGACGAUUAAAAUAAAAGUAAAAUAUCAGUGUUAAAAUAGAAUGUAUAACAUUUAUCCUGUAUCAGUUAUUAAAAAUAAACAACCUAGUUGUGA